AAAGAUGGAGGCCGAACUUCCAUCUCAAUAAAGAGAGUCCUAGAAUCCAGAUUCAAAGAUCAAUACACAUGGGGUCCCACACAGAAACAGGAAACAAUAUAUCCUAGACACAGGCAACAUGCCAAAAACUGUGGAAUGUAUUUUCCUGAAGUGAAAAGCAACCCAGAAAAAUAUAUACAGUCCUGUCCUGAUUCUGUCAAAAAAUGGUUAAGAAGAUUGAAGGACAGUGGAAAGAUUCUGUUAUUAAUUACUAGCUCUCAUUGCGACUACUGCAGACUGUUAUGCGAGUACACCUUAGGGAAUGAUUUUACAGACCUUUUUGACAUUAUCAUCACAAAUGCCCUGAAACCUGGUUUCUUUUCUCAGACACCAAAUCAAAGACCUUUCCGGACUCUGGAGAAUGAUGAGGAACAAGAGGCUCUCCCAACCCUGGACAAACCUGGCUGGUACUCCCAAGGUAACUCAACCCAUUUGUAUGAGUUGCUGAAGAAGAUGACUGGCAAAGUAGAACCAAAGGUCGUUUACUUUGGGGAUAGCAUGCACUCAGAUAUUUUCUCGGCUCGUCACUAUUGUAACUGGGAGACUGUCCUUAUCUUAGAAGAGCUCAGAGAGGAUAAUGCUGUGGUGCCUAAAGAGUCAGGGUCUGAACCCUUAGAGAAGAAAGGAAAGUAUGAGGGACAUCAACCCAAAGCUCUCCAUUCUGUUUCUAAACAGUGGGGUUCUUUCUUUGUGGAUACUAUUUCAGGAAAGGAGGAUGCAGAGGAAAUCUUAGUAAAUACAUGGUCUUGCAAAUCUGUUAAUACUUAUAGCACAAUUACAAUCCCAAGCAUUGAAGCCAUAGCAGAUUUACCACUGGAUUAUCAAUUCACCAGAUUUUCUUCAAAUAGCUCAGUAACUGCUGGUUACUACCCCAAACCUCCAAGGUCAUUAUUAUCAACUGGCUGUACUGGGAGUCAAAAACCCCUGGAAGAAGUCAAUGGCAGAUCACUACCAUACUGUUGUGAAAUAAAUUUCAUGGAUGCGUUGAGCUUCACUUGAAGAAGAUUUUGGCUACACUGAAAAUUCUUCUGCCUAGCAGAACUUGAUACUGCUGUUCCCCCCAUCCGCAUCCCCCUAAUCAAACAACACAUUAUUUGUCCAGGACAGAAAAUCAAAACUAUUAAACCAUUUACAAUGCA